AAAUGACGUCAUCGUAGCAGUUGCUGUAAGGUCUCUUUUGGACUGCCUUUUGUUCCUUUUCAUUGAAAUAUUUAGUGAAUAAUGACGAUGGAUGAUACCAACAGUCUCUUGUUUUCUUGGAAACUACCAGAGUUAAUUGGUGAAGACACUGUUCAGAUUUUAAAAUGUGGAAUUUGUCUGGAAUAUUUUGAUAGUCCCGUGGUUUUACCAUGUGGACAUACCUUUUGUUUCAACUGUCUGUUGGAAAUGGGUAAACAUGCUAAACGCAAUAAACCACAAAUUAACGUGCACGACUUGACGAUUGGUUGCCCCAAUUGUCGUUGCCCGAUCUAUGUGAUCGCGCUCAUUCAGCGAGAUGUCACCCUGAAUUAUCCCAUGUCAUCGGUCAUAGAGGCUUUAAGAUCCAAGUCGAUGCCAAAAAUGGUUGAUGUAUCCACGAAUUGCAGUUUGUCUGAUUUCGAGACAAACGAGGGCAAGAAGGAAGAAUUACCAGUCAUCACUGAUGACAUCAUGGCGGAAAUCAAACGAGACAUCGAUAGAUUCACGGAAGCAAUUCAUGGAGGUUCCAUCAUCCAUGAGGCGUUCUUUGAUAUUGAAGAUAUCAGAAACGAAUAUAACCUUCAAAAGCAAUUCAGCAAAAUAUCCAAUCAAAAAGCAGUAAAUACCCAAGGCAAAGACAAGAACAAAAACAACAAGUUAUCUAGUGUAGCACUACGCGACUGCAAUGUCGAGGUCGAUAGGACGCCGACCUUGACCCAGGCGGAGGUUCAAGAUCCGGCCAUUUUGUCUUACUUCGUAAAUGAUAGCAAAAUGGGAGGGCUUUUCUGUUCCGACGUGAUUACCAAUCGUAUGGUGUGCAGAGCGUAAAUAGCCAAUAUACAAACAAUGCAAAAUAGAAUAAAAUAAGACAAAGACAUUAUGUUGUACAAAGGUAUAUAUAUAAUAUAUAUGAUCAUGUUAAAAGUCGUCAUUCCAUUCCAAAUUAAUAUUUGUAGUAUUUUUUAGAACUUUUUUUUGUGGUAUAGUUUUUUUAAUAGAUAUUUUAUACAUUUUGUAUUAAACAAGGUAAAUCUUUAACUAAAUUAUGAUUGGGUCGGUAAUUAUAUGAUAUCUGGGUUAUUGAUUAGGUAAUAUGUUAUAAAUAUAAUCGUAUUUACGUGUAUAUAUGUGUAUACAUAUGGACAGUUGUGUCUUAUACAAAUAUAAUAAAAUAUGAAUCCGCUGACCCCUGUACUGACAGAAACAUCUGCUCACGGUUUAUGUUUUGCGUGAUAUUUGACGUCUGUUGAUGUGUUUUGUGUCAACCAUUGUAUGUAUUUGUACUCCGCGCUUAACUCGUUUUAUAUUACAUGUAUGUCGAGGAAGAACAGACCCGCUUUUGGUUCCGCUGUUACGAAAUCUACACGUCGUUUAUUUUAUUUUAUUUUUUAUUAUUAUUAUUAUUAUUUAAUAUGAUGCGACAUCGCCACGUUAUUUUAAUAUUAUUGCAGCUUUAUUAUUUAUAAAAAAAAAAAAAUACGGACUCAAAAAAUUGAACUAGUAUAUAUUUGUGUUGUCUCUCACUUUAGCUUCAGUGAUGCCCAUGUUGUGUGUAUGGUUGGCGUGCUGUUUAUCAGGUAUAUGUACGCAGUUUGGAAUAAUAUCCUGGGUAUAUUAAAAAAAAAAAUUGUUCGUAAAUUCACAUUACAUUGUGGGUAGUAUAGGAUACUCGUUAUAACCAUUUUCUUUUUCUUAGAAAUUGUUCUUAGUAAAUAGGCUUAAGAACAAUUUAUUAAACAUUUUUUCAACACUUUAUGAAAAGCAGACGACAACAGAUGUAAUGUGAUCAACUGCACAAGAACGCGAAGGUGUGUUUCGGUUCCGGCGUAGUGUUUGGGGCAGUUAGAUAAUUAGUAUGUAGGGCCUAUAGGGUAUUAGUAUAGUACCAGAAAGCUGGCAUCCGUGUGAGUGAUACACGCUCUAGUCUAUUAUUUAUCUAGUGCUUUCAUAUUUUGAGCCUGUUAAUAAACAAAACUAAUAUGCAUAUUAAUAA